UGUUGUCUCAUCUUCCUUUUUUUAUUUCAACGUGAUUAACGUAGGUUGAUGUUUGCCACUUAUCCGCGCAGCAAUCAUCGUUAUCCUUGGUCCGUUAAAAUACUAGUGACUUCCUUGUUUAUUUAUCAGCAUUAAAACCGGUUAACACAAACAGUUUAUUCCGGUUGAAUGGUGAUGUGUUGAAAGGGCACAAAAACAAAUUGUCAAUUUAAACUUUCCUUCCAAGUAAUUUUCACCUUAUUCACCAACGAAACCAACUUCGAGAGACAGUUAGUGUGUUAUACAAGUUCGUAUACUCUAAAUUGUCUUUGAUUCUACAUAUGUACGCUUUGGAUAGAAUAAUCUGCUAACGUGUAUAUUAUAUUAAUGUGUGAAUAUAUAUCCGAAAAAUCCUUAGCCUUAUUUCAGAAUGUCUUUCUCCUGUUGGUUUGGUUCUGAACAUUACCGAGACCAUUUCAAAGAUGGUACAUACAACUGUGCUGAAUGCAAUACUCCUUUGUUUGACAGUGUGAAAAAGUAUGAACACACUUCUCCAUGGCCAGCGUUUUUCAGUUUAAUUCAUCUAGAUCUUGUCAGCAGACAUCAAGAAUCUCCUUCUGCAAUCAAAAUUUCCUGUGCAAAAUGUGGCAACAGUCUUGGACAUGAAUUCUUGAAUGAUGGACCUCAGCUUGGUAAAAAUCGAUACUGAAUAUUUAGUAGUGCCCUAAAAUUUGUUCCUAGAAAGUCUUAGGGCACUAAUUUAUGCAAGGAAGCGAGAUUGAACUUCAAAUAUAUUUUGAGUAUUCUGAAAUUGAGUUGCUUACAAUUCUUUAACCUCUUCUUUUUUCUUCUCUAUUUGUUCUUGUAACAACUUAUUAAAAGAGUAAUUUAUACAAUCCUAUUAAUUUAUACAUAAAGCAUAGUCAACUGUUCACUAAUUAUUCAUAAAUUUAUGUUAGUUUUUCAUUUUGGAACAAACUUGAAAAUUUAGCAUUGUCAUUAGGAUAGAAUUAUAGCACUGCUAUGGAGCUGUUAUCUUUGUAUUUUUUUUAGAACGAAUGAGAAAGUGUCUCCCAGAGUAAUGACCAUACUUAUCAUACUAGUUAUUAAUUUAAUUAUUAUGUAAUGUCAUUUUAAAAAUUCUAAAUGAAGAAAAUAACCCAAAUGUAUUGAUUUUGUGUACAAAUUAAAUUAGUUGGGCCAGAAUUUGUAACUUAUUAACACUAUAUUUAAUUUAAUCAUUCAAAAUGCUAUAUCCCUAAACAGAGGAUGAACUUCCAAGAUUUCUUGCAGAGAUUGCUGUAGUUGAAAUUAUGUUUUAAAGAACUGAGACUUGUUUUUAUUUUAAUCCACUUUUAUGUGUAUGUUUACAUGGGUUUAUCAAGGUUUUAUUGUUGUUAGAAAUAUAUAUAAUGUGUGUCUUUCAGAGUCCUAUAAUACAAAAUGACAGCUUUAUGUUUCAUAACAGAAAAUCUAAAAUUUGAAAAGCAGCAUAAAAUAUAUCUUCUACAUAUCCUAUUAUACAUGGCCUAUCUGUGUUGUUCUUCCUUACUCUUAGUACAGAAAACUGAUGAUGUUUUAUUCUUCAACUUCAUAUCAUCUAAACAGGUGUCAUUGAAUAGUGACUGACCGGUGUGUCUCUGUUCUUAUUAAUUUUUGUUUCUCAUCUAAUAUCUCACAAUAGUAUUUGGUUGAUGUUAACUAUGUCCAAAUAACUGGCUUCUUACAUACUACUGUUUUAAAUGUAAAGUUAACAAUUAUUGCUCUCCUAAAUGACCAGGUAAUCUUCUGAUUGAAGGCUAUCUUAUUUUUCACUUUAGUCUUUUCCUUAUGUGAUUCUUUGAUUCAUUAAAGCAUACAGUUCCAUGGAAUUUUCAUUAGUUAGUAAAAUUCCGGCCAAAGGGAGCUUUAUUUUCACUUUUCAAAAUAUGAUUUAAUGCUAACUUUAUAUAUUCUCUGACAUACCUUUGUGUUAAAUAAGCAAUGUUGUGUAUGCAUUAAAAUACUCAUAACUAUGUUUUAAGACAUCAAAUCAGUAAGUUAGUAGUAUCACAUCAUCCUUUGUACUAUACACACACAUACAUGUGUGUAUAUAUAUAUAUAUAUAUAUAUAUAUAUAUCUUCAAUUAUACAUUAAUUUCUCUUAUUGUUAUUGAAGGUAACUUAACUCGUUUAUAUGUAACUUAAAUUUCUAUUAAAAAUGUUGAUGUUGAUCUGUAGGUAAAUUAUUUAUAUAAGUGAUCUUUUAACUGAAUAGAUGACAAGUUGUUUCAGUAUCUUUUGUAUUUCAAGGAUAUUAUAAUUAUAUAGAAUUGUUUAUAUUUAAUUACUUUUCUUGAGGAAGAUGUUAGUAUUCCUGUAUUGCUGUCUCAAUAGCUAUAACUAUGGUUUAGAUUAUUCUUACUGCACAAUCUACAAUAGCAUUUUUAUUUUCAUUACUUUUUUUUUUCUAGAAGAGACUUUAAUCAGAAACCAAAAUAUGAUUUUAUCUAUCUCCUUUCAAAAUAUUCAUUUUGAAGUUUACUCUUUGUAUAUUUCUGCUAGAACUCAUGAAAUUAUGAGGCCAGAGCCAUAUUUGGAAAGCCUCAUUUUAGAAGUAUCAGUCUAACAUCAAAAAUACAAAGAGUUAACAACAAAAAGAGUAUCAGAAUCACUUAUCUUUGCCUCUCAAAAUGAUAAGUAAAAUUUCAACUAUACAGAAUAAAACAUUCUCCUUAAUUUCUCGGUGAAAGCUUUCUGUAACUGGUUUUGUUUGAAAUCUCCAUUUUCAAACCUACUUUCACUUUCUUUUUCUCUUUAUCCUUUAUGUAUUUUUAUUUUAAGUCAGAGCAUAUCUACUUCAGAUGUUUUCUAUCAAAUAUUUUUAUAAUUCAAAUUUCUAUAAAAAAAAAUUUUUUUAAUAAACACAGUAAAAUAUCAAAGUUUUUAUUUCCUAAACUUGGUGCCUCAAUAAACUUUCACAUUUUAUCUUAUGUUUUUUUGUUUUAUUCAAUUAAAAAAAUAUUUUUUAAACAAAUAGUUUUGAUUUUUUUAUUGGAAUUUAAUGGUUACUAAAAAUUAUUAAAAUUUUACUCUUAUAAUUUUUCUGUUUUCACAUUUAAAAUAUUGAAAUUUCUUCAAAUAAAUUCUUAUUUGUUAUUA